CGGUUUAACAAAUAAACAAUUACUUUGAAAAUGUUUAGCCACAGGAAAAAGGCUUGUUUACAUGGCUGGGAUGUCCUGUUCCACGCAACGCUAACCUAGCUUAGGGAAGUCAAGUGAAAUGAUUUUCAUGAGUUUUGGAAGAUAAUUUGGUUUUUAAGACUGGGUUGUUGCCUCAGUGAAACAUUAACUUGCCUAUAAGUUCCUAAGAGACGAAACCUGUUACUGAGAGUGUAAAUGGCGUCGACAAAUGAUCCAUUUCAAUUUCAGGAAUUUGAAGAAGCCGGCAAUCUGUUGGAAGCCAACAGAUAUGCAACCACUAUUAGUAUUGAAGAUGAAGAUGUCAAGCCAGAGAAGCAGAGAAAAGCUGCUGGUUUCACUCCUGAUGGUGGUGACGAGGACCCACUAGCCAGUGAUGACAAGACAGAGCUUCUCUCUGGGCAAAAGAAAAGUGUCCCUUUCUGGACGUUUGAGUACUACCAAAGAUUUUUUGACAUCGAGACCCAUCAUGUGAAGGAAAGGAUCAUUGGAUCAGUGGUGCCGUGGCCUGGAAAGAACUUUAUUCACGUCUACCUUCGUGGAAAUCCUGAUCUUUAUGGACCCUUUUGGAUUUGUACCACUCUUGUGUUUGCCCUUGCCAUCUGUGGAAACAUAUCAAACUUUCUGGUGCACUUAGGUGACCCGGAUUAUAAGUACACCCCAGAGUUUCAAAAGGUGACCAUAGCUGCAACAGCGAUCUUCAGCUAUGCUUGGUUGGUGCCCCUUGCCCUCUGGGGUUUCCUGCUGUGGAGAAACAACAAGAUCAUGAACUUAGUGUCAUACUCUUUUAUGGAGAUCGUCUGUGUGUAUGGCUAUUCUCUUGCAAUUUACAUUCCAGCAGAGGUCGUGGGGAUCCUCCCAUAUGAAUGGCUGAGGUGGUGCUCCAUCGUGGUGGCUCUGUGCCUCUCCGGCUCAGUGCUGGUGAUGACUUUCUGGCCUGCAGUCAGGGAUGACCACCCCAAAGUUAUCAUAACAAUCAUGUCUGCCAUUGUUGUGCUCAACGUUCUGCUUGCUGUUGGUUGUAAGGCCUAUUUCUUUAGUAAACCACAACCAGUAUUACAAGUUGACAACAGUGCUGCAACAGAUGUAACCAAGGCACCGUCUUCGACUUGAAAGCCUUUCAUUGUCUAAAGGUUCUCCUGUUGCCUUGUUAAAGAGAAUCGGGUUGCUGUGCUGAUGAAGUAAUGGGUCGUCUGGAUUUCACCUGCAUUCUGACAUUCUGGCUUAAGACCUUAAAACCCAGUGUGUAUGCUUGGUUCACCUGCGUGACCUCUGAAAACAAACACUAGUACCAAUUAUGUUAUUUCUAUUGGGAUGGGUGUUGUGUCACACAGCACAUAAGAUCUCUUUUAGUAUGGCAGUUCUCUGCUUUAUAGCUCUUUCGUUGAAAUAUUUAGAUAACCAGUCUGUGCAGUACUGUUGGUGGCAUCAAUGGUACUUUGUUAUGCAUUUUUUAUAUUCCUUUAAUGGGAAGUGGCUAGUUUACUUACUGAACAGCACAACAAUUAUAGGUGUUGGUGAGAUAUUCAAGGUUUGGACUUAUUAUGUACAAAUAUAGUUAUUGUAUUUUCCUCCAACUGAUAUAACCGCAAGUGCCCUCAACUAAUGCCAAAGACUCAUUCUAAAUGUCAAAGGUAUUUACAACUUCUGUAACACAUUUUUUAUUAAUUUGUUUUUAUUGUGAUAAAUUACAUUUGGUAAAAUGUAUGAAAUUGGCCGUUCUCUAAGUGUUUCAUGGGAAAAAAUAAAACAUCUUUGUGGGA